AUGCGGCAAUGUCUCGCUCAAAACACCCGAACCAGAGAGUUUCUAAACACAGAGGUGCAACAUUGCGAGACUUCAAGGAACGCUUGCUAAACAGACCAAGCAGACUAGGCCUGGACUUUGGGUUCGAGAAGUCAAUGGCCUUGCUCAAUAGGAUCAAAACUGUAACGUAUCAUGGGUAAAUUGACUGAUCUACAAAUAAUAAAGAGUAGUUAUUUAUGAUGGAAGGUGAUUUGUAAAUCAGUCAGUCGGCAGUCGCUUGCACUAUCUGAUGCACCUUCGAACGUUCAAUGAGAGAAGUAAAACAUUCUUCAUUAGCUAUUAAUUUUAUCGAAAUCUAAAGGCACACCUACAUUUGAGUUAAUGUCUUAAGUAGUUGAACAUGUUAUAACUCUAACCUCGUGAAAGUGUCAAACUGUCACAUUUUCGUCAAAAACGAAUUUAUGUGGAAUUUAUGCACAUGCGCAGUUCGGCGCAAGAUCACGGUUAGACCAGAUGACGUGAUUCUGCGCAUGAGUUUAGCUAGCCAACGUCGCCAUGGACCUCGCCGACUGCAACCGUCGUGAUCGGGAAAAGCAGUUUCUGGCUAGCUGGACUAUCUUUGACUAUGCUCAAACUUCUUCCGUUCCAUAGUUUUUUUUCAGUGAAAGAAUAUCCGGAGUAACCUUGCGCUGGUUUAGAGCCUGCGCAAGGUAAAUACAACAACAGUUGAACAGUUUUUAUCCUCAUUUGCGUGCGAACGAUCAUCAAUAGAGAUGAACAAUGGCGGGCAAAGCGGAGGUGGCUUUCCGUUUGGGCCGAACGUAGUGAAAGAAUCGGGAACAUAUGGAAAUUGUGUCCUCUGUGGGUUAACUUUAACCCAUGGGCGAUAUCCCCAACUUCUACCCUGUUUGCACUCUAUUUGUCAAGCAUGCCUGCCCCCAGUCAAUCCAGGGUUGCAGAAAGAUCUCUCUAUCUCUCCAGCAUGUCCGUGCUGUGACAUGCCAUUUAAUAUUCUGGAAGUCAAAGAUAAUCUCUUUAUUAAGAACUCUUCCAACGAUCUCUGGACUGGUAAUGUCCAGUGUACCUGUUGUGAGGGGUUCGUGGCGAGUGGCUGGUGUGUGGAGUGUGGAGAGGCGCUGUGUUCGGAGUGUGUAUCUGCACACAGAAGAGUGAAGGUCACGAAGGACCACACUAUCCGGCUCCAACCCCCAACAGGAGUCUCCGCUCCCACAGUGUUUUGUCCCACACACAAACAUGAGCCAAUCAAGCUCUUCUGUUUGACCUGCGAUCAGCUGACCUGUCGAGACUGCCAACUAAUGGAUCACAGGAACCACAGUUUCCAGUUCCUCCAUGAGGCGAUGGUCAGCCAGAAAGAGCAGCUUCAGUCCUUGGUGCAGAGAGUGAGGCAGCAGAGAGUUGCAGUGAAACAGAGCCUCCUGGACAUGGACGGCAGAUUGCUAGACAUAACACAACUCAAGUCAAAGCUGAGGGAGAGCCUGAAGAGAAUGCUUUUUGCUACUGUUCAACUCUUGAAAUCGAGAGCCACGUCGCUCUACAACAACAUAGAGACUAUGUGUAAUGCCGAGGUGGCAGGGAUCGAGACGAGACGGAGUGCACUAAACAAACUGGGGCAGAGGCAGGACUAUGUUGCUGACUUUGCUGAGAAAGCCCUGAAUGUGGAGGACUUCUUUGCCCUGCUUUCCUACAAAGGGCAGAUUGGAUCCCAGUUACAGCAUCUCUUGACUCAGAGUACUGAGCCCCCGGGGACCAUGCUUAAGUUGCAGCUGGUGAUUACAGAUGACUUCAAGAAACAAAUAGCAUCCUUUGGUAAACUUUUGGGUGAUAUUGUUCCCUUUGCCCAAUCACAUAUUAGUCAAGACAACCCCCUGGAAAACCAAGAAAGACCCAAUGCUCCCUCUGGCCAGACCUCUUCCAGUGCUCCUAACAUGUCCAUCCAUUCUGUUCCUCCUCCACAUAACCCUGUCUUUCAGCCCCCACGCCCCUCUCACACUGCCCCAUCCAACCCCCCCAGUCAGCCCUCAACUUCCCAGCCCUCCACCUCCCGUGAGCCUCCUCCUUAUCGCUCCCUGCCUGUCCACGCCCCUUCAAGCCUUCCAUUGAGCCAUCCUGUGACACCCCAGCCCUGCCCAUCUACACUAGCCCCAUCUCACCCCUCCCUGAAUAUACAUAAUCCACCAUUCUGUCUACCACCAAACCCUGCCCAGCCAGCACUUGUCCCUGCACUUCAUGUCCAGUCACCAUUGGUCCCCACAAACCCUGCCCAGCCAUCACUUGUCCCUAAACCUCAUGUCCAGUCACCGUUGGUCCCCACCAACCAUGCCCAGCUAUCCCCUGUUCAGCCUCCAACCUCCCCGUCUCUCCAACCACUGAUCGAGGCCACACCUAGACUUUAUGGUAUGUUCAAGGCAACUCCUCCACCUGGACGAUCUCGGAGAGGUAAGGAUGGAAAGUCCUGGACGUUCCACUCAUACUCACCUGUAGAGAUCUGCCACCCACCUUCUGGCUCGUCCUCUCCUGCAGCCGUAGCUCAGCAUCAGAAAAGGAAGUUUCCAAAAUCGCAGCUACUGUGGAUCCUCCAUCAGCCUCCCUCUGUAAACCCCAUCCCUGUCCUCCCGGUGAAAGCCCUAGCAGACUCCCCCUGUGAUAGAAGCCUGCCUCCUACUGGUCUGGCAGACCCUGACCCAAACUCUCAGGCCAUGGAGAACGAGCCCACCUCUACUGUCACUGAAUUGGACACUGACACAGAGGCAGACAGUGCUAUGGAGUUGGAGGUCCCAUCAGCCUGGGCUGAUAGAAAGGCAGCUGCCUGCUCGGACAGUACUUCUUCAGAUCUGCCUUUCACAGGGACUUUGUCUACUGAGAGGACCUCUAAUCAUCUCUCUUACAGUGUCUUAACCCACACCCACCACCCCAAAGAAGAAACUGACACGGACCCUAACAGUAAACCCUCUUCUGUGGGUAGGGCCCAUACUGCCCCCCACAACAAUAAAAAGAUAGCUUAUGACCAACAACAUGAGGAUGCUAUCAGGUCACUUCAUCGGCGUGUGAAUAGCUGGAGAACUGAGCUGCCAACACGCAUUAGAGUGCUACUGGAGGGACCCUCUCCACUCCCCACCAGGACAGGUUCGGUGGUGGCUACUGAAAUGCCAACCAGGCAACCCAACACCACCCAGCCACCGAGCUUGACCAAUAGCAACAAUGUUAACAACUCAAGGUCCUGGCAACCCAGGGUCUUGAUGUUUCGGCUUCCCAUCUCCACCCCCACUCCCGGAUGCUCUCUACCUCAGUUCCUGCUUGUCCAAGGGGCCAGCAAAGAUGAGAUUAUUCUGCAAGAGAUUGCAGAAGACCACCAGUCCCAUGGUGAUGACAUCACACCACCAGAGUCAGACAGCCUCCUCUGGACUAAGGCCCUGUCCUCCCCAGAGAGUCCCCCACUGCUCCAGUAUGUGACCUGUGCGGCCUGUCACACUGUUGGCGGUUCGCUAUUCUGUGUAGAGUGUGGGAGGGGCUACCACCAAGAUUGUCAUAUCCCACCCAUUGGUCCUUCCUUCUGGGAGGAGUGGAAGUGUUCACUUUGUCAGGACCUGGCCGACACCACAGACCCCUACAGUGAUGACAGGCACAGGACUAUGUGCCUCAGCCUAGCAGACCAGAGGAAAUGUGAGCAUCUCCUACUCUUUCUAAGGUGUGAGAAUGACAGAAACAUCCUUUGCAGCACGGCUGAGCCCCCCUCAGAUUCAAUAUGUCUUGACUCCAUACAUGGAAGGCUGCUACAACAUCGAUCACCCCCUUACCGUACCCCCUCCGAAUUUGUCUCUGACGUCUGGGUCCUUUUCGACACCAUGUUGAUGAACUCAAAGGACCAGGAGUUGGUUGUCAAGCUACGGGGCAGCUUUCAGAGGAAGUUAGGGGAAGUGUUUGGGACAGCUCUCCACCCCUCCCUCCUCAGCCACCCUAACAGCAGCUGGACUGAGACGGGGGAACCAACGGCUGCAGAGUCUCUGAAGAGGAUGAGGGAGUUGCUGAAUAUGACCAAAUUGCCAAAAGCUAAGAAACGUCACUCCCAGGUCAGAGUUGAAACUAAAAUGAAGAAAAUGAAAAAGGCUGCAGACUGAAAAAUGGCCAUUUGAAGUAGAGACUCAGAAAUGCUAUGUUGUUAGUCAGUUAUAUACAACUGACAUUGUACUUUUUAAAAUUAAAUUAAAUACAAAAGGGAUUGUGUGUGACUUUGUUUUUGCACAUUUGUAACAACUAUG